AUGCAGCAGUGUCGGGUUGUUUCCGUAAUCAAGUCACCUCCCCCCAACCCCGGCACCGCCCCUUUUCUUCUCCCGUGUUUCCAGGCUCCGAACACCGUGGUCGAUGAAUUGUGCCCCGCAAACAAGGCCAAUCGAGCCAAAUACAACGUCCCUCCAGGACAGCUGACAGAGAAUGGCAUGAACCAGGCUCUGAAACUGGGCAACUUCCUCCGUGAGACGUACAUCGGGAGCAUGGAUUUCUUGCCGCCAACCUUAGGCAGCGGCAGCAUGCCGACCUUCAGCUCAUGGCUCAAAUCUGACUCAGCAGCCCGCUGUCUGCAAACAGCCCAGGCGAUGGCGAUGGGACUGUUUCCCUACGGUACAGGGCCACCGGGGUUUCCCAACCAGCCGAUGCCGGUGCUGACGGAGCCGGAUCGAUUCGCGAGCCUGCUUGCGGCCCCACACGGACCCUGCUUGGCACAGCAGAAGGCUGACAACGCAGCGUACGACUCAACCAGAGGAGUGGAGCUCAUCCAGCAGUCGAGAAAUAUCACCGACGUCGUCUCAAAGGCUUGUGGAGUUCCUACGGAGGCCUACACGAACGUGGACAACGGGAAGGAGGGGCUGGUGCUCGGGGUGAAGGACGUCGGCGACAUGCUAGACUUCGACGAGCAGCAGGGUCUGCCAAGGCUGGCGUCUGUGAGCAAACAAGCCCACGAGGACAUGACCCAGCUCGCCUUCACCCUCCUGCAAGAGAGAUACUACUCCAACCGACGACAGGCAAAUCACCUACUGGGCGGGAGACUUUCCUCCCACGCUGCUGGAUGACUUUAACUCGGCCGCGACAAAACACGACAAAGGCCAACGGCCCGAUCAUCUUUAUCUAGGAUACCACGGACACCGAGAGCUGCUGUACGGCGUGGCGCACUUCUUGGGCUGGCACUUUGACGUAGAGGGGGCGCCGACGGCUCUAGGCACGUCAUCGAUACCCCCAGCAACUACAAUGGUCUUCGAGCUCCACUACCGUGCACACGAGCAAACGGACAACGGCCCCACGGGAGCAGAGCAAGUGCAAGACGAGGCCUCUGCACAGGAGGAAGCAGGGUACUACUACGUCAGAACGUAUACCUGGACACCGGAGUUUGGACAGCAGGAGGUUGUACUGGAUGCGUGCAGCGGUGUCGAGGCUGGGACAGGGUGCCGUUUGACGACCAUUGAAGCAAUCGUGUCGGACAGCGUGCAAGGCACGGGCUCGUGGCAAGACAUCUGCAACGAUGUGCCCUUCGAUCAAUCGGCACAACUGGUGCAACAGGUUACGUUCAGCGAUGACUUCGCCGAUGACGCGGCAGCAACAGACGCCCCAGAGGACAGCGGCGGCAAUACUGUCAGGAACAUGGUGAGCACGACGUUCUUGGUGGUUGCUCUUGUGCUGGUGGGAGGUGUUUUCUGGUUCGGCGUCGUUGCUUUGAAGGUCAAGCGGCGUAGGGCCGGAGAGAGAGGGGCAGGUGCUUAUGAGGCCGUAGGAUGAAAACUCGAGGCUUCUCGAGGGAGAGACACUCGAUAGCUGCUCCAGGCUCCCAGCACAGAUGGGAACGAAAGGCACACACCCUGCUCAAGUCUGUACUGCCUUAGCCAACUGUUCGAAUAAAUAUCGGGGCGGGGGACAUCGGAAGAGUGCCGAAGACCUGGCCAUGAGAAACCUACGGGUAGGACGGUCGCGACUGCCAACAACUUGGGCGUCAUCAUCGGGGUUUAUGGUGAAUGAAUGUAGCAUGUCGUGACCUAGAGACCUAGCACAGAUGCCUGGAAAACAGUGCUAACCAUUGCUGUUGAAGGUGGUGCGACGUGUUCGGUUGAUUCUGAAGCAGGAUGUUUGUCGUCGUAUGUUUUUCCUGUCACUCUGUCUGGGAAGGAUGUGAAAGGGAAAAAGCAUGUAAUUGUAGGUCCAGGCGCCCUUCUCACGACCCCUGGGGUCAUGCUGUUUCUUCCCAAUGGAUCAUAUAUGCUCCCUAGGCAUCACAGCUUGCCUAGGGCAACCGCGCUGGUCCUCGAAGAGUGUUUAGUUUGUCUUUUUGGUAGUUUCUCGUUUCCACCGGGCGUUUCAAACGCGGAAUUUCAGUUGAACUCGGUUCCUACUCUUUACUGUGACUCGAUGCGUUGUCGAUGAGUCAGGGACAUCUUGGUGUUGAGUACCUGGUGUUGUUGUUGCUGUUGUCGUUGUUGUUGCUGCUGGUGCUGUUGCUGUGCUGUUUUUGUUGUGCAAAGUAGCUUUCGCUGUCCGUACUGAUCAUCUACCAUUGGUGCGCUGUACAGCAUUAUUCGGCCGUCGCGAUUAUUUUAGCGUGGCAUCACACCAGUAGGGAACUUUCUGCGUUGUGCAAGUAUGCGUCGAUGGCUCUUUUCGGAACACAUCAUCAUUUGUCCACAUACGAUCCGUGCACCUCCAGAUAGAUGUGGGAGACAUCGAACGCUGUAGGAUGCAACUAUGUAGAAUAGUAGCGCGUGCUUUUGCACGCAGCACAGAGUGUGAUUGCAUGCGAAUCUUGAUCUCGUGUAGUCUUUACUCUCUACAGCAGAAAGAGUAUUAGCCGAUGGUUGUCCGUCUUUGCUCACCGUUUUCUUCUUGACGAAAUCGUCGUCGUAAGGAUAAAACAAGAAUUAUGACGCAUACGUUUUUGCACACCAGAUACAGGGAUUGAUUUGUUGAUUGUGU